UUUACGAACCCGGAAAUCAACCGGAAGGGGCAGGAAUAUUUCGCGCCAAAUUGAAACAACAGAGCGGUGUGUCUGAGUGGUGCAAAAGACGCGCAGCAGAGACACGAACCAUCAGACACUACUUUGAACGUUUGAGUUGUUAUUUCUCGGUUAAGCUAACAUGGAGGAGGCCAACAAGCUAAUCGGUACGGGCAAGAAGCACCUGGUUAUGGGGAAAGUGGUGGAGGCGGUGAGCACCUUGCAGGAGGCCUGCGGCAUGCUAGCUAAAAAGUAUGGGGACACAGCAGACGAGUGCGGAGAGGCUUUCUUCUGGUGUGGUAAAGCGCUACUGGAUUUGGCACGGAUGGAGAACUCAGUCCUGGGUAAUGCUCUGGAAGGAGUACCGGAGGAAGAGGAAGAAAAACCCACGGAGUCCAAUGUUGACAGCACAGAAAACAUUGAUGAGAAGACCAGAGAUGAGCUGAGGGUUCAGGUGUAUGACGCCAUGGCAGAAAAGGGAAACGAAGACAUGAAGCAGAGCGAAGAUAAAGAAAAGAACGACGACAUAGAGAAGGCUGAGACUGAUGAGCAACAGGACACGGCAAAGAAAGACGAAGAUGAGGAAAACAAGACCAAUGUUGAUGGAAGCAAGGCUGGUAAUGAGCAACAGGACACUGCAAAGAAAGCGGAAAAUGAGGAAAAGAAAAGCAACAUUGAUGGAAGUAAAUCUGAUGAAAGUGAAGACAAGACGGAAAACGAUAAGGAGGCUGAGAAAGAAUCGGGAGAUGAGGAAGCAGAAGAUGAGGAGGAAGAUGAUGAAAUGGAGGGCGAUGCAGAAGACCAAGUUGAAGGAGAUGGCGCUGCUGAGAAGGACAGUGAGGAUGAGGAGGUGGGAAACCUGCAACUGGCCUGGGAGAUGUUGGAAGUAGCUAAAGUCAUCUACAAAAGGAAAGAGAAUAAGGAGGAUCAACUCAUGUCAGCCCAGACACACUUGAAACUGGGUGAAGUUUCUGCUGAAUCAGGAAAUUACACACAGGCUCUGGAGGAUUUCCAGGAGUGUCUGAAGCUUCAGGUGAAGCACUUGGACUCAGACAGCCGCCUACUUGCUGAGACUCACUACCAGCUUGGUCUGACCUAUAGCUUAAAUCUUCAGUACAGCCCGGCCAUCAAGGAGCUGGAGAGUUCAAUCUCUGUCAUAAAGAGCAGGCUGGGCAAACUGCAGGAGCUGCUAGACAAGGCUGAGGGCCCAGAGGCUCUGCCAGAUGAGAGGAAGGAGAUGGAAGAGCUGAAGGCUCUGCUGCCCGAAAUCCAGGAGAAGGUGGAGGAUGCCACAGAGGGUCUGAAAACAGUGGGCACAGCUGCUGAGGCUAUGAAGGGUGUACAGGAUGGAGGCUCUUCCUCUGCGUCCACUAUGCAGAAUGGUGACUCCUCAUCCAGUUCAAAGGUUAACAGCACGUCAACCAGCGGAGUCAGCUCUACCAAUGGACACGCCUCCACAGCUCCGGUCUCUGACAUCUCCCACCUCGUCAGAAAGAAGAGAAAACCAGAGGAGAGUCCAGUGAAAGAGGGCGAUGUUAAGAAGGUGAAGCCGGAUGCUGCUCAGACUAAAGGAGUUCACUAAGCCAACGGACACAGUUAACAGUAUGGAAGUCGAGAGUCGGUGAUGCUGGACUCCUGCCUGCUUGUUUUCAUCCAUCCAAGAAGGGAUUCACAAACUACCACCGCCACUUCCUUCCAACUGUUGCUACACUUGUUUGCUUCUGUAAAUAUGUGUGUCUUUUUUUCUACUUCUGUUAUGUUGGUGUGUUCACAUAUGUAACCUAUUAAAUUCAAUAAAGAAUAUUAUUUGAUAAA